AUGACUCAAUUUAGCAAAUGUGUCCAACUUCAGUCAGGAAACAGAGAAGGAGAGAUCUACCCACCCCUGGUCACGAUAACCUACUCCGAGGCCUCUCUGGAUGACUUCAAUGCUAAUGCAAAAGUCACAGUAACCUUCAGUGUGAGCUAUGAGAUGAGCACGGCCACCUAUGAACAAGACGUUCAGAUUGCCAUCGGAGUGCUGAGUGCCCUGGCUAUCCUCUGGGCUCUCUUUGUGUCAACCUCCAGUUGGAGACGCAGAAUUGGUGCACAGAUGGUCGACUGUACGUCGCUGUUGAAGUUUAUUGUGUACAUGUUUGGUCCCCUGGGAAAUGCCUUCUUCCUGGUUGCCAUGGGAGCAGCGUUGUCAUGGCUGCUGUUCUUCAAGAGACAAGACCAGGUAUAUCUUCUGCUCCCCACACCAGCACAGGAGGAAACCUUCAUCAUCUACCUGUCUGUGGCAUGUGCUCUCAAGUGCCUGGAGAUGCUGCACUUUCUCUUCACCCAAAUGACGAUCGACAUUUUCUUCAUCGACUGGGAGCGUCCUCGCGGGAAGACUGCUGACGUGGAGGGCGGGAACGGGAAGUCGCAGUCCGUCAGCAUGUGGAGAACGUACUUUGUCGCCAACGAAUGGAAUGAAAUCCAGACCACCAGGAAAAGUAACACCGUGUUCCAGCUGUUUGCUGUGCUGCUCUUCAUGAAUGUUGUUGGGUUUGAGAACCUGACCACGACCGACCCCCGUGCGUACCUGGUGAUCAACAGUGAGCAGUACGUGGGAGGGUACAGCAAGCUGCUGAGGUUCGGCAUGAUGUCAACGGUCUACCUGGUGGUGGCUAUAGUACAGUGGCUUUUCUUCACCUUCUUCUAUGAACGUUUUGUUGAGGACAAGCUGGGGCAGUUUGUGGACCUCUGCUCCAUGGCAAAUGUGAGUGUGUUCAUCAUGGCGAACACCCACUUCGGGUACUACAUCCACGGGCGCUCCGUCCACGGCCAGGCAGACACAGGCAUACAGGAGAUGUACGAGAUGCUGGUCAGGGAAGAGGAGAACCGGUGUGGCCAGCGCGGGCUGCUCGCCAACACAGACAACCAAACGUUUGAGAUGUCCCUCCCACACAAGCUCAGGGACCAGUACGACAGUAUUAUCAAACCACUCCAGCAACAGGCAGCAGCAGCCAGGGGUCAAAACAGGCAAAGAGCUGGAGGCGGGAACACCACUAGUGCAGGUGUGGACAUUAACCAGCAGGUCGACGCCUACAAAAAACUCAACAAGUACCUGGCUGCCUUCAUCGACCGGUCCCGUCCAGACAUUGACUACAUCGUGAAAGAUAAGAUGUUUCUAGAGAGGCUGCUGGACAUGGAGUUCCUGGAGGCCACGGAUACUAAGGGACACUUCUACAAUGAUGACGGUCAUUCCUUCGAUGCUGUGCUGUUCUACGGGAAUGAGCUGGUCCUGCUGACCUUUGAACUGGUGGUGUUCAGCGUGGUGGAUCUGAUUGGUCAGAGCUACGUCCUGGAUGCUGUCAUCACCUACCUCGUUUCUCGGUUCGUUUCCAACCUGCGAGACAGCGGUGGCAGGAAGAACCUGGCAAAGAAGACACUGGUGGAUGAACGCUUCCUCAUCUAGAACUUUUUGACCAGUUAGGACUUGUCGGACAAUGUGUUUGAAAAGUUGCACUCACACACUUGGCACAUUCCAGUAAUAAAUCUAGAGUUUCAUACAUUUGUAGUCUUCCUUCCGUAGCAAGGGUAAUGUGUAAGUUGCAUUAUCUUCAAGUUGCAUUACCUUUGAAGUGUUCUGAUUGAGUACAAGACAUAUAUGAAUAUGUUGACUGUGUAGUGAUAAGAAUGAAAUGUAUAUUUUGACAGAAAAUGUAUAUUAGGAAUACUAAGUGUUAACAUUCCUUAUUUACAUUGUACGUCUUACUUCUCUCUAGUUUGACCUCACUUCUCUUAUAAACUCAAGUAUUUUUAUAUGGUGGAAUUUUCUCAAUAUCUGUGUUUCAAUCAGUACUUAUUGAGAAAUAAUGAAAUUGGUACUGUUUAUUGAAAAUUAGUACAUUAGUACCUGUUUGUAUAUUUUUGAGUGAUGUUGACCUGACAAGUCAAGAAAGGUUUAUUUUCAUGUUAUGUAUUGGACAUAUUUAAGCCAAGCCCGAAACAAGGUUCUGACAAUCUGUCAUAAAUGUAUAUACCUAUAUGUGUUUCUCAAAAUAUUUGUUUACUUGUCUAAGAUGGAUAUUGUCCGUCACCUUUGUGACUGCAUGAGGUUGGCAGAUAAAGGUGUUUGUUGACAUUUCAAGUUGAUAGGAAGAUGUCAUGUGAAAUCUUCUCAAGGCAUAUCGUUAAAAGUGCACUUAAAUGUUGAAAUAGUGUUAUUUUAUCACUUCUCUGUGAGUUAAGACGUCUUCCUGAUCUUUCUCUCGGGUCAUUACAAGCUUCUCUCAACAAUUUCAAGUUUGUCCAUGACUGUUUCACUUGUAAAACAGAAGUAUGUUUUCAGCAAUUGACAAAGUUGAAAUUUACACUUCCAAAUGUGAUGUUAUACUUACGGGAAAAUGAUAUGUAAGUAAGAAAGUUGUAAUUGCCUUUUGGAGUAGAAAAAUGUAGUGGAUUGUGUUGUUUUGAACAAUCAUGUCAUUGCUUACGAGAAAUUAGAUAAUUUUGGUCAUAACCAAAGUUGCUAGAAAAGAGCUGCUGUAAAUGUUUGUUAUUAACAGUGAAGAGUUCUUUUCUUUAUCAGAAAGUAAGUUUGCCUGUUAAAACAUUUUGCCAAUAAAAUCUUCUCUGUGUAUGAAA